ACACGAUCCUUCAGCAUGUUCAUUCAGUCUGUGUGUGUGCUUGGACUGGCGCUGUCCGUGGCUGUCGCCCUGCCCAUUGAUAGUUAUGGUCCGUCGCUGAUCGCUGCACCGGCCAUCUCAUAUUCGGCGCCCAAGCUCCUGGCGGCGCCUACACUUGUGGCUGCUGCACCGGCUGUCCAAUUGACCAAGGUGGCCGUUGCCGAGCCCUUCGAUCCGAAUCCACAGUAUAGCUUCUCGUAUGGCGUUACGGAUCAUAAGACUGGCGAUUCCAAGCAGCAGGAGGAGUCGCUCGUCAAUGGCGUCGUCCAUGGCAGUUACUCGCUGGCCGAACCCGAUGGCACCAUUCGCAAGGUGACCUACACGGCGGACAAAAUCAAUGGCUUCAAUGCCGUCGUCGAGAAGAAGGGUGUCGCCGUUGUCGCCAAGCCCGCCCUGGCUGUGGCUGCUGUGCCCGCCAUCACCAAGAUUGCAUACGCUGCACCUGCAUACGCUGCACACGCGUACGCUGCACCCGCAUAUGGUCUGUCUGGUGGACACUACUAGAAACGAUCGCCCCGCAAAUUUCGUUAGAUGUCACCCCUCAGA